AUGAAGGCUGAUCUCAAGCUACAAUAUGACACCACCAAAUGUGGGCUGGAGGGGGUGUGCACACUCGGGGUGCCAGCCGGCUCCGGCCACCGUGGCUCUCCUCCUUCUGGCAGGCGACAACCACAGAGGUCGGAGGUGAGUGGGCUCCAGGCAGGUGACAUGUGUGGCCAGGAGCCCUUUUUUCACAGGCACUCAGAGUUCCGGCUCAGCCUUACCUUAGAAGGUGGAGCCCGCAUGUCUUGGCAUGUAUUGUCUGUUUGCUGUGCUUCUUUGUUGCACAUGGGGAAAGAACUUGGGCUAUGCCCUGCAUCAGCUGCUUCUUGCCCUCUGUGGUGUGGAAGCAGGGCCCUCGGCGUGAGAACUGGGGCUCCUCUUCUCCCCCUGUGGGCAGGCAGAUUCUUAGGGAGCAGCAGAUAG